AUGAAGUGGCUAACCCUCACCCUCACCCUCGCGGCGCUCGCGGCGCCCUCCCAAGCCGCCCUGCGCUUCGGGUGCUCGACCCUAACCAUCCAGCGGCUCGACCCCCUCGUGGAGCCCGGCAAGGUGCCGUCUGCGCACCUGCACCAGAUCAUCGGCGGCAACGCCUUCAACGCGAGCAUGGACCCGGCGGCGGGCGACCUGGGCGACAAGGGCACCUGCACGACGUGCACGUUCUCCGAGGACUUCUCCAACUACUGGACCGCUGUCAUGUUCUUCAAGCACACCAACGGCUCCUACAAGCGCGUGCCCAUCAUGCAGAACACGGCGCUGCCGAACGGGAUCAAUGGGGGCAUGACGGUCUACUACACGCAGCAGGACUUUUCGUCCAACGGGAACACUAAGAUCACGGCGUUCAAGCCGGGCUUCCGCAUGACCGUGGGCACGCCCACCGCCGAGUCCAAGUACGGACCAGGCCUCAAGUUCGUCUGCCUGCAGAACAAGGGAACGCGAUUCCCCGAGCUCGACGACUUCCCCACCCAGGCUUGCCCCGGCGGCAUCAUGACCGUCCACCACUUCCCCGCCUGCUGGGACGGCAAGAACCUCGACAGCCCAGACCACCAGUCGCACAUGUACAACACGGUGAAGGACGCGUUCCAGAACUCGGGGCCGUGCCCGGCAUCGCACCCGAUCCGGGUGCCCCAGGUGGCGUACGAGACGCUGUGGGACACGACGCAGUUCAACGGGAUGUGGCCGGCGGACGGGUCGCAGCCCUUCACGCUGAGCUACGGGGACAACAAGGGGUACGGGACGCACGCGGACUACGUGUUCGGCUGGAAGGGGGACUCGCUGCAGAAGGCGAUGGACUCGAGCUGCAUGUUCAACGCCUGCGAGAACGGGAACCCGCUCAAGUCCCAGGGCGUCGCCCAGAUGAACGCGUGCUCCGUUGCCAAGACGGUCGAUGAGGAUAUUGAUUCUUGGCUUCCUGGUCUACCCGGCAUGGACGGUAUGUAA